GAGCAUGCGUGGCGCGCGCAGGGUCCUCCGCUGCCGAUGAGUCGACUGCCGUCUUCGGGGCCGCAGCGUUUUUUUACACGGAAGGUCGCCGACGAAGGUGUGCGAGUGUCUCUCCUCUUUUCACCCUUUGGUCCUGACUGCAAAUAGAUGUCUUUCGAAUAAAUCGUCAAACGAUCCACGAGUAGCGAGAAAUCAUGACAUCGCGAUCAAAGGAGCGAGUGGCCGCAGCCUUUCGUCGCAUUUUCCGCGGCGCCCCCGAACGGAACGAAAGUCCGAGCUCACCUUUGAAGGUUGUGCCGAAAACGCAGGGCGGACCGGCGACGGUGCAGGCGGCUGCCAGCAGUCCCAUGGCGUCACCAGCGCGGCGCCUCCUCAGGUGCAGGGACGCCGUUUCGCCAGCGGCAAACUUGGACAUCGCGGCCAACGCAGGUGUUGUGCCAGCCCAGCCAAACAAAUCGUCCCGCCUUCAUUUCCCUGGUGCCAGUUUUUUCAAGAGCAAGAGAAAGCAGGCGGCUGCACCCCAGGCUGCAAACUCUUCGUCCUCCUUGGCCAGCUCAAGCUCGUCCACUUCCAAGACCUCCAGCAACCCCCUUGAGCAAAGUUCUGGCCACGGAAAGGCAGUCAGGACCAAGCGGCUCAUGAAGGAACUCAAGGAAAUACAAAAGCUGCAGAGAGCAACGCCGCAACCGAAUUUCACCGCCGAGCUGGUCAACGACAAUCUGUACGAGUGGCAUGUGCGUCUUUACGCAAUCGAUCCUGAGAGCGACUUGGCGCGGGACAUGCGAGAACAUGGAAUCACUUACGUCCUGAUCAGCUUCUCCUUCCCGGACAACUUUCCGUUUGCGCCUCCUUUCAUGAGGGUAGUGUCGCCGAGGAUCGAGAAAGGGUUCGUCAUGGAGGGCGGCGCCAUCUGCAUGGAAUUGCUCACCCCGCGCGGAUGGGCCAGCGCGUACACCGUUGAGGCCAUCGUCAUGCAGUUUGCUGCCAGCAUAGUCAAAGGACAGGGUCGCAUCGCACGAAAGCCGAAGGGUAGCAAAGAGUUCACGCGACGCACCGCCGAGGACAGUUUCCGUAGUUUAGUAAAAACGCACGAGAAAUACGGCUGGGUGACUCCUCCACUGGCCGACGGCUAGACCGCUACGGCCCUGCUGUGUGAGGGGUGCCACACUUCAAAGACACUUCUCACCCAAACCUCAAUUGCACUCGUUUAGUGAUCAUCACUCUAGUGAACAAUGUCCAGUUCGCAAUCGGUUGAUUUAAAACCAAAAAAGUCUAGACUUUAACAAGCCGCGUGCUAUUAAAAAAUUCACGCUUAUGCAACCGGCUCGGCUUCGGAGUCCACACACGGUUGCAGAGGCGAUAAAUUUCCGAGAAAUUAUCUCCCUGUUAAUUAAGGGUGGAUUUCCGUCUCCGGUUGUGGAACCUGAUCUCUUGAUUGAGAUUCGCGGCGUCAUGUUGUGUUACAGUAUCAGGUAAACAUGCCAAGCGCUAGAAUGUGUGAGAGGCUCACCAAAGCGACGGUAACACGCGCAACAAGAGAUAUUUAAUUACAUUGUUAUGUGCUCAAAUAUACAACCCCCCAAGCCCUGUUAUAUUGCAUGUGUCACGUGUUGUGUAACGAUAUAUACAAAAAAUCGUGUUGUUACCAAAUUACUCCACUCAUUAGCUGGCCACACGGAAAAAAAAUAAUCUGUAUGUCUUUCUCGAUUCUCAUGAGCAUUUUUACACGUUUUGGUGUUUAUAUAUCUUUGACAAAAGUAAUAAGUGCACCAGAUUAAUUGCAGGCAUCACAAAUUUCAGAGUGAGAUUUUAAAGUUAUCACACGCAUCAUAUUUGCAUGAUAUUAAGUAAUGUGAAUGAUUGUAACAUUUUAAUGAAUUUAGUUUAAAAAGCGAAAAUCUGUUACAAAAAAAGAGAGCUUUUGCAAGUCUUGCGCGACCCGCAAGCACAUUAUACCUGAUGUACGCGCGUAAAUCCGAAAACGAUAGGGUUGUAUUUUCAUUAGAGCUCGUUUGUUUUGUUUUCAUUCAAGUGGCUGUGAAAAGUUUCUGUUCUGGUUAAAUAUCUAGAAAAGCGUACUUGAGAGUAUAAAUCUAAAAAAAGUCAAGAAUUAGUUUUUCGUGUGUGUACUUAUAAAUUAUAUCCGUCCCAUUCAAAGAUAUGUUAAAAGAGAGUCGGCGUUUGUGGGCACAAAAAAAGAAACUUAAUGAUUACCAAAAGAGGCUUCAAAUUCCAGGCCAGCUCGUUGAAAUUUUAAUUAGCGUGCACCAUCGUAAACAGCAAACACCAGGAUAUAUAAGUUUUAAAUUGAUACAUGUUAAAAAUUAAUAUAAACGAGAAAGAGAAAACGUUAUAAAUAAAUUAUUAAAUUCUGCUAAAUAUAUCAUUACUCGCAGAGCAUUUGACAUUUAAAAUCAAUGCAUGUUUUAAUAUCAAAACUGAUGUUUGGUCCUCUGAUCGAUUAAAAUGUGUAGGUUAACCAAAGUUAUACUUCCACAAAGCGCUGAUCAAAUUCUAAAAACAAUUAUUAAACUGGCGGAACCUUUGCACUUCGAAUCGCAAAUUAUCGACAAUUAUUGUGAGAAAAUAUGCGUCUCAAGUCGAAGAGUUUUGUCGCAAAACACAUUAAACAUUAUGUAUUGAUUGUAAUUAAUAUACGUGUCUUGUAAAUAAGUAUAGCCGAUGUUUUGCUCCCCGUGUCCAGUAUGUUAAUUCACCUUGCCUGCUUCACACUGUGUCAAUACAAAAAUGGAACAUCAUCGUCAGUAAACCAAAC